AGCAGCUGAGGACUUCAACAAUAUCGGAUUACGAAGCUGCCGAAACAUUGGCGCCGUCUGUGGGAAACUCGAACAAAAAGCUGUGUGACUUAAUCUGCUGAAAAACAAAAUGGUCCGUACCUUUACAGGAGGGCGCCCUCCAAGAAAUGAAAUAGACGAACAGGAGGACGAUCACGUAUCUGAGGCCGGCUUGAAUGAUUUUAGGCCGAUGCCAAGAAAUCUUUUUGUAGGAGGAGCCGAACAGGAUCACUUAAGCGAGACGGAUGAUGAAAGAACACCAACUGGGUAUGUAACCCAGCCUGAACAGUUCCAAGCUCCAGCAGGAACGAGACAAAGAUCUGCCAGACCGAACAAUUCACAGCGUGAACGACCUGAAAGGUCAACAGAACCUGCUCGGACAACCGAGCUCGAAGAGAGAACCAGGGUUCUCGAAAUGGCAAUGGGAAGAAUCCUUGCUCGCUUAAUCCCUGAUGACCCCCUGAUUCCUUUGCUGAACAGGGAUACACAACCAGCUGCGGUUGUAGCGACUAGAAACUCACCCGCUCUAAGCAAUAUAAUAGUGCCGACCAGGCCGAGGGGAAGUGGGAAGUUGAAUAUCGAGCCCAGCUCGUCCAAAUACAGUGAAGAAUUGAUGAGAAAGAACGGAGACCUUGAAAGGCAGCUGCGGGAUGUACAGAAAUCCAUUGACGAGCUGAAAAGCCCCCGGUCGCAUCAGCAGACUUUGGAUUUGGAUAGUGCUCCGCUGAACCUAUCCAUCACGGCAGAACCAUAUCAAGAGGGAUUCAAAAUUCCCCACCUAGAGACAUAUGAUGGCACGAAAGACCCGGAUGAACAUCUACACACCUAUCAAGCCAUCAUGAGGAUUCAAAACGCCAAUGAUGCUAUGAUGUGCAAAGUGUUCCCGGCGACACUGAAAUCAACAGCCCGAAGAUGGUAUCACAAACUCCCCAGGCAUUCAAUAGAUUCGUUUUCCCAGCUCGCCAAGUUAUUCUCUAACAAAUUUGCAAGCCAAAGGGAGAUCAAGCGCACAGCAACUGAGCUGAUGCAAGUUAGCCAGAAGGAAGGGGAGUCCCUGAGGGAUUACAUGCAGCGGUUUAACAAAGCCACAUUGGACAUUGAUAAUGUCCCAGACACAAUCUGCCUGUCCGCCCUGUUGCAUGGGUUGAGGCGUGGUCGGUUCCUAGACGACCUGCUUGAAAACCCACCGAAGACGUGGAACGAGGUGAAUGACAGGUCAGCCAGCUUCAUACUGUCAGAGGACUUUCAGUCGUCCAAGCGACGAGCUGAUGAUAAGCCGAACAGAGGCCAAGAGCAACAACCGAGAAGAGAAGAAAAGAAGAAACAGAAGGUCGGUGAGCAAUGGGGAAAACCAGCUGAGUUCCCGAAAUAUGCCAGUUACAUUCCUUUGACCUUACCCAGACCUUACCCAGGUCCCAAAUCCUGGCACAAAUUCAGCACUGGGUUCGGAGACCUCCACCCCCGCUACAUGAUUCCCCGAGGGCAGAUAAAAGCAAGCAUUGUGACUACCACCGUGUAUAUGGUCACAAUACCGAGGACUGCCAACACUUGAAGGACGAGUUA